AUGCCGUUCUGUGGCAUAGGCGCCAGGUCAGAGGAGGCUCAAGCUAGCUGGACUAUUGAGCGCCGACUUCGAAAAGAUAGGCAAGCUUUUUCACUGACUCAUCGCAUUCCGGUUGUGGGAGCAGGAGAGUCAGGCAAGUCGACGCUGAUUAAACAAAUGCAGUUAUUGUACGCUAAUGGGUUCUCGCUGGAAGAUAAAUUGGCAAAGGUGGCUGAUAUUCGGCGCAACAUUCGCGAUAGCUUGCUUGCCAUCACUGCAGCCAUGGGGCGCCUUCAGCCUCCAGUGGAGCUCGAAUUGGCUGAAAAUCAAUCCUCGAUGGACUAUAUUAAGCAGGUUUCUUUGCAGCCAGACUUUGACUAUCCAGCUGAGUUUUUCUCAUGUGCUCAAAAACUUUGGCGUGAUCAGGGCUUACAAGAAGUUGUCCGGCGCUCUAAUGAAUAUCAGCUAUUGGAUUCGGCCAGGUACUUUCUCGACAAGUGCGUUCAGGUCGCUGAUCCAAAUUACAUCCCGUCUGAUCAGGAUAUUCUUCGUUGCCGGGUGUUAACAUCUGGGAUUUUUGAGACAAGUUUCAUCAUGAACAAGAUUCGCUUUCAUAUUUUUGACGUUGGAGGCCAAAAAGAAGAGAGGAGAAAGUGGAUUCAGGUGACAGAUUUUUAG